UCCGCGUCCGACCGGAAGAGGCGGGGCCACCCGGCGAGCGCGCCCCGCGUCGGCGUAGAGCAUUUCCUGGGAGAGACGUCAGAGCGGCAGCCUCAGACUGCACGUGGGUUGCUGCCCCUGGUGCCGAGGGCGCGUCUCGGGCCCGGACCCGCUUUCAGUAUCAUGGGGCGCAAGUUGGACCCGACCAAGAAGGAGAAGCGCGGGCCCGGCCGAAAGGCCCGAAAACAGAAGGGCGCUGAGACCGAGCUCGCCAGGUUCUUGCCUGCAGCUGGUGAUGAAAAUUCCAAAAGGCUGUCUAGUCGUGCUCGAAAGAGGGCAGCCAAGAGGAGGUUGGGCUCUGCUGAAACCUCUGAGAUGAAUAAGCGUCCUGGGGUCAAACCGUUGCCUGGAAAGCUUCCAAAAGUUGCUGCCCAUUGAAAGAAGGCCCAGGAAGCUGUUGCUGGGGGCCAGUGGAGUGAGGAGGAAACUGAGGAAGAGGAGGAAGAGGAGGAAGUGUCCCCUGAGUCAGGCCCCCAAAAGGAAGAGACAGAUGGGGGCCUGCAGAUCAACCUGGAUGAAGAGGAGCCUUUUGUGCUGCCCCCUGCUGGGGAGAUGGAGCAGGGUGCCCAGGCUCCAGACUUGCAACGAAUUCACAAGCGCAUCCAGGACAUAGUGGGAGUGCUGCGUGACUUUGGGACUCAGCGGGAGGAAGGCCGGUCUCGAGCUGAGUAUCUGCACCGGCUUCAGCGGGAUCUGGCCACUUAUUACUCCUAUGGAGACUUUCUGCUUGGCAAGCUCAUGGACCUCUUCCCUCUGUCUGAGCUGGUGGAGUUCUUAGAAGCUAAUGAGGUGCCUCGGCCCAUCACCCUCAGGACCAACACCUUGAAAACCCGGCGCCGAGACCUUGCUCAGGCGCUAAUCAAUCGUGGGGUUAACCUGGAUCCCCUGGGCAAGUGGUCAAAGACCGGACUUGUGGUAUAUGAUUCCUCAGUGCCCAUUGGUGCUACUCCCGAGUACCUGGCUGGGCACUACAUGCUACAGGGGGCCUCCAGCAUGUUACCUGUCAUGGCCUUGGCACCCCAGGAACACGAGCGGAUCCUGGACAUGUGUUGUGCCCCUGGAGGAAAGACCAGCUACAUAGCCCAGCUGAUGAAGAACACAGGUGUGAUCCUUGCCAAUGAUGCCAAUGCGGAGCGGCUCAAGAGUGUUGUGGGUAACCUGCACCGGUUGGGAGUCACCAACACCAUUAUCAGCCACUAUGAUGGGCGUCAGUUCCCCAAGGUGGUGGGGGGCUUUGACCGAGUACUGCUGGAUGCUCCCUGCAGUGGCACUGGGGUCAUCUCCAAGGACCCAGCUGUGAAGACUAACAAGGAUGAGAAGGACAUCCUGCGCUGUGCUCACCUUCAGAAGGAGUUGCUCCUGAGUGCUAUUGACUCUGUCAAUGCCACUUCCAAGACAGGAGGCUACCUCGUCUACUGCACCUGUUCCAUCAUGGUGGAAGAGAACGAGUGGGUGGUAGACUAUGCCCUGAAAAAGAGGAAUGUGCGGCUGGUGCCCACAGGUCUAGACUUUGGCCAGGAGGGCUUUACCCGCUUUCGAGAAAGGCGCUUUCACCCCACUCUGCGUUCCACCCGCCGCUUCUACCCCCACACCCACAAUAUGGAUGGUUUCUUUAUUGCCAAGUUCAAGAAAUUCUCCAAUUCUAUUCCCCAGUCCCAAACAGCCCCAGGAAAUUCUGCAACAUCCGCCCCUACAAACCCAGAUGUGCCUGACCUGAAAGGCCAGGUGACCCCCAAGCCUGAGAGCGGCAGCAAGCCUGCCAAGAAGGCCAAAGGGGCUGUGAAAGCAGAGUGGCACUUGCAGAAACGGCAACGUCCCAAGAAGACCUCCUUCCAGAAGCAGAAUGGUAUCCCCAAAGGGGCAGACUCUGAAUUGUCCACUGGACCUUCUGUCCCAAAGGUCCAAGCCUCCUCCAAGCCCCAGGGUAACAGGCAGCCAGCUGAAAAGGCCGUAGUGACCAGGAAACCCAAGGUGACGGGGAAGCUAAAGCAACAGUCACCUAAACUGCGGUCUUCCAAGAAAGUUGCCUUCCGGAGGCAGAAUGCUCCUCUCAAGGCCAUGGAUACAGAGAUGCCUUCCGGGCUGUCCCUCUCCAAGCCUCUGGCCACUUGGAAGCCUGAGAACUGUGUUCAGCCCCAAGGGGCUGAGAAGGCAAAGCAGCAGGUGCCACAGAAGCCUUCCAAGAAAGCUGCCUUCCAGAAACAGAAUGGCACCUCCGAGGGACCCCAGACUCCUACCAUGUCCCCCCUUAGUGCCAGCCGGCCCCCACCAGCAAAGAGGAGAAAAUCUCAGUCCAGAGGCAGCAGCCGGCCAGUGCUGUCUUAGAUACUUGGGUGAAACGAGACUGGGGUGCUCCUUGCUGUUGUCCCUGGGUUGGAACUCUUGCCUCUGUGAGGAUGGCUUUCCCACUGUGCAUAUGAAGUUUAAUAUACAUUUUGCAAUCUCU